AUGAAAUUAGCAUCUACAGCCUUUUUGCUAGCAGGAAUAGCAAUAACAUAAAAAUAAUAACAAAAUAGCAUGUGCAUCAGAAAGACAUAAAUAGAAAAAGCCUCUUUUAAAUAAUAAUUCAAUAAUAACUUAAAAUCAAUGUAUUCUAUUCAUAGUUUGUCUGAAAAAAGCUUUAAAUCUUUUUUGUGUGAUAUCUUUUUUUGGGGUAGUACUUUGCUUGUAGCUUAAAAACUAAAAUCGAAAAUAAAGAUUAACUCUUUUACUAAAAAUAGCUUUUUUAAAAGUCUAUUUGGAAUUCAUAUUGAUAAUUAUAGCAAAAAGCUAUUAUCAGUAAUAAAUUAGUAAUAAAAUGUAUUCUAAUAUUAAAGACGUUUUACUUCUACUUGGCCAAUAUACCAAAUUGAUAAAGUUAAUGUAUAACAAAAUGCAAAUAAACUCCUCUUUGAUCCUUAUUUUGGAGUCUCUGCAAGCAGUCCUAAUGCUAUAGGUUUAAUUCAGCAGAUUGAAUAUUAUGAUGAAAAUAGUAAUAAUUGGAAAAUGUUUGGAUACUCGUAUCACAGAUAAUUAGAAAAAUAAAAUUCGUUUGAAGCUAAUGUAUUUGAUCAAAUUGAUACGAUAUAGAAAUUAAAAUACUAUUUUUAAACUUUCCCUAAAAAAAGCAAUAUUUUUAUACCUAAUUCUGUAAAAGUAGGUGAACAUGAAUUAGAAGUAUCAUAGUAUUUUAAUAUAGCUGAAAAAUAAAAAUAAAUAUAGAUAGAUGUAAAUCUUAUUGAAAGCUAUUACGAAAGUAUUCAAAAAGAAGAAAAUUAAUAAAUUUCUGAAUUAGAAUAAUUAUCUAAUAACUCAAUUACUUUUUCAAUCAUAAAUAAAAAUCAUCCUUUCAAAUAAGCUUAAUAAAAAAAUAAGAAAAUUUUCUUUGAAAAAAACUAUAUUUACAUAACAAAAAAUCUUAACUCUUAUUCUGAAGAAGAUCUAAGAAUUUCUUUCCAUGAGUUAAUUCCAAGUGAAGAAGCUACCAUAUUUACUUCUUAGGGUUAGAGUUUAGACGUUUAUUUGGGUGGAAAAUACUUAAAUCUGUUUUUAUAUAGAUUUUAAAUAGCUAAAAAAGGGAGAAUUAAUGAUAAGAAUGAGUUAGUUUAAGAAUUAAUCAAAAACCUUGAAGUAACUAGAUAUGGAUUAUAAUAGCAAACAGAUUUAUCUUUUGAAUAAGAAUAAAAUAAAAAGAAUUAUUUUUUGAGAAUACUUGCUAUUUUAACUUUAAUUUAUUACUUAAAUUUUGCUGAUAGACUAGGAUUAAAUACUUUUAAAUGGGGAUCAUGUUUAAGUUUAAAUCAUUGCUUUGCUAUAUAUUUAUAUAAGUAUGGAUUAAUCAAUUUCAAAUUUUUGAAUUUGUAUUUCCUUUUGCCCUAUACCUUUGCUUGGAUAAUGUAUUCUAAUGAAGAAAAUAAAUAAAUUCGUUCAGACAAUUCUUAAUAAAAUCAAUAAUUAUGUGCAUAAGAUACUUAAUAAUAUUUACAAUAAGAUAUUAAAGUGGAAAGCGAGAUAAGUUAACAAAAUUUUAUUGAGCAGGAGUUCAGAAAUUAAAAUGAAUUACUAUUUAAUCAAUUGAUUGAUUAAAAUCUUAAUUUAAAACCAAAAAUUUGA